AUGUAUCGCUCACGAACCGCGCGGCGUGGUCUGCAAUGGUGCCGCGAGCUCCAGCGCCGGGCGCCAUCCUCCAAUAAGAGAGGCUAUAUUACCGAUGCAGAUGUCGCAGGAGCACGAAGAUACUGCCUCGAGCAAUUGAGGCAGUCAGACUACGAUGCCUACUUGAUCCGCAAUUCACUGCCGCAAAGUCGACAGGAUGCUUACGAUGCACUGCGCGCCUUCAACCUCGAGCUGGUGCGACUCCCCGAGCUCGUCUCGAAUCCGACCAUCGGUAUGAUGCGCAUGAAGUUUUGGAGAGACGCAGUCACCAACACCUUUGCGGGAAAGCCGCCCAAAGAGCCAAUCAUGGUUCUACUCCACAAAGUCUUGACCGAUUUACGAGAAGCCGACCCGACACACAGCGCCAGCUCCAUCAAGUUCUGGCUGCUAAGACUGAUCAACACACGAGAAAAGUACAUGGACAACCGGCCAUUCACAAGCAUGGAUUCUUUAGAAGAGUACGCAGAAAACACAUACUCCACACUCAUGUACUCAACCUUGGCCGCGCUGCCAGUCAACUCAAUGCACAUGGACCACCUGGCGAGUCAUAUCGGAAAGGCAUGCGGCAUUGUCGCGGUGCUGCGGGGGAUACCAUUCCUGGCCAACCCAGCGCCGCCUGUACAGUCACCACAGGGAACUACUGUAGGUAGUGGGCGAAAUCCAGUUCUCUUGCUACCCCUAGAUGUCAUGGCAGAGGUGGGCUUAAAGGAAGAGGAUGUAUAUCGCCACGGCCCUCAGGCGGAAGGAUUCCAAGAUGCCGUUUUCAAGGUUGCUACAAGGGCAAAUGACCACUUGAUCACUGCGAGGGAGAUGCUCAAGAAUAUCAGAGCAGGAGAAAACCCGGGCCACGAGUAUGAGCAUCAACACGAAGCCGAGCACAACUACUCAGAGACGGGGUUGGGGACUGACGAAACCAAGACGGACUUGAGACGCGGUUUUAACGUUUUACUUGAGGCCGUGCCAGCCCAAGAUUAUUUGCAGAGGUUAGAAGGCACAAAUUUUGAUCCCUUCAUGGUCAAAAGCAGUUGGAAGCUGCCAUGGAGAUUGUGGAGAACAUUGAAGACGAAGCAAAUAUGA